AUGGAUAGUGAUUAUUCAUUUUCAUUAACAACCUUCAGUCCUUCAGGAAAGCUUGUUCAAAUAGAAUAUGCUCUGAAUGCUGUUAAUAAUCAUGGUAGGCCAGCUUUGGGUAUUAAAGCGAAAAAUGGCGUCGUUAUUGCAAGUGAAAAGAAAGUAUCAACAACUUUAAUUGAGCAAAAUUCAAUAAGAAAGAUCGAAUACAUAACUAAAGGAAUUGGAUGCUGUUUUGCAGGGAUGCCAGCUGAUUUCCGAGUAAUUUUAAAAAAGAGUAGGAAAGUAGCUCAAAGAUAUUUUGCAACAUACCAUGAAGAAAUUCCUGUAAAUGAAUUAGUUAGAGAAGUAGCAGCAGUUAUGCAGGAAUUUACUCAAUCUGGAGGUGUAAGGCCAUUUGGAAUAUCACUCCUAGUAGCUGGAUUUGAUCAUAGAAAAGAACCUAAACUAUACCAAAUAGACCCAUCUGGGGCAUACUUUGGUUGGAAGGCUUCAGCUAUUGGUAAAGAUAUGCAGAACGCAAAAUCAUUUUUGGAAAAACGAUACAACUCUGAGAUAGAAAUUGAGGAUGCAAUACAUACAGCACUUUUGACUCUUAAAGAAUGCUUUGAAGGGGCAAUGAAUGAAAAUAAUGUAGAGAUAGGCUACAUAGGUGAAAAUAAGAUUUUUACCACCUUAUCAUCAGAGGAAAUCAAGGACUAUUUAGGUGAAGUAGAGUAA